AUGUCCACUCCUUUGGACAAUAGUGUUAAUGGCAACGAGAUGGCACCUCCUCUAGAGCCAGCUGUUCCUGUUAAAGAUCAUCUGACUGCCAUAGUAAUCAUAGAUCCUGUGAGCAUGUUGACAAUGAAGGAUUUACAAGAUGUGUUGUAUGUUUUGUUUGAUAAGGCUGUUGAAGUUAUCAACUUGAUUGCAGCUUCAGAAUUGUUAUGUAUGAUCAUGUGUGCUAGUGUGGCAAUGUGCAACUUGUGCCUUUACAAGCUGCAGAUGCAAAAAGUUCAGGUGGUUGGGUGUCACCAAUUCAGGGAUGUACUGGCUGCAUGCAAACCUGAUACCAAUACUGCACACGUAUCUUGUGUCGCAGUGCAACUUCAGUCACUGUGUUUUUGGCACACAAUGAUGUGCAGCAUAAAGCAUGACAUUGCCCUGAAUGGCAUGUAG